GAGAGCUGUACGCCGUUUCCUGUUUAGGUCUCGAUUGAGAAGCUAACCAUGGCGGCUACGGAGAUAGCACGGCAAGCGGGAGAAGGCGCACGCUCUGUCCCUUUGUCUGGCCAUGUGGGUUUUGACAGCAUGCCCGACCAGCUGGUCAACAAGUCCGUCAAUCAUGGCUUCUGCUUCAACAUCCUCUGCGUGGGAGAAACGGGCUUGGGAAAGUCCACUCUCAUGGACACCUUGUUCAACACCAAGUUUGAGGGGGAGCCCACGCAGCACAACCAGCCUGGCGUCCAGCUCAAGUCCAACACCUACGAGCUGCAGGAGAGCAACGUGCGCCUGAAGCUGACCGUAGUCAACACCGUGGGCUUCGGGGACCAGAUCAACAAAGAGGACAGCUUCAAAUCCAUUGUGGAGUUCAUCGACGCCCAGUUCGAGGCCUACCUGCAGGAGGAGCUGAAGAUUAAGCGCACGCUGCACAGCUACCACGACACGCGCAUCCACGCCUGCCUGUACUUCAUCGCCCCCACAGGGCACUCACUCAAGUCCCUGGACCUGGUCACUAUGAAGAAGCUGGACAGCAAGGUGAACAUCAUCCCGAUCAUCGCCAAGUCGGACGCCAUUUCCAAAAGUGAGCUCGCCAAGUUCAAGAUCAAGAUCACCAGCGAGCUGGUCAGCAACGGCGUGCAGAUCUACCAGUUCCCCACCGAUGAUGAGACGGUGGCGGAGAUCAACUCCACCAUGAACGGCCAUUUGCCGUUCGCAGUGGUGGGCAGCACUGAGGAAGUGAAGAUGGGGAAUAAAAUGGUGAAAGCGAGGCAGUACCCCUGGGGGAUAGUGCAGGUGGAGAACGAGAGUCACUGCGACUUUGUGAAGCUGAGGGAGAUGCUGAUCCGGGUGAACAUGGAGGACCUGCGAGAGCAGACGCACACCCGCCACUACGAGCUGUACCGCCGCUGCAAGCUGGAGGAGAUGGGCUUCAAGGACACGGACCCCGACAGCAAACCCUUCAGCCUGCAGGAGACGUACGAGGCCAAGCGGAAUGAGUUCAUGGGUGAGCUGCAGAAGAAGGAGGAGGAGAUGAGGCAGAUGUUCGUCCAGAGAGUGAAGGAGAAGGAAGCGGAGCUGAAGGAGGCCGAAAAGGAGCUCCACGAAAAAUUUGACCGUCUUAAGAAGCUGCACCAGGAUGAGAAGAAGAAGCUGGAGGACAAGAAGAAGACCCUGGACGACGAGCUCAACGCCUUCAAACAGAGGAAGACAGCUGCCGAGCUGCUGCAGUCCCAGGCUCAGCAGGCAGGGGGCUCCACCACACUUAAGAGAGAAAAGGAGAGGAAAAAUUAACCCCUUCCCUGCAUGCUGCAUUCUGCAUGCUGCAUGAGAGACCUGGUAAGGCUCCUUCACUGAUUCUGUCCCUAUCCAACCCUGUCCAGAACAGAAAGAAUGGAUGUCCCAAUGACCAAGUUUGCCCCCCCAGCCUCCCCCAAAAAGUCAAAAUUUCAAGAUUAUGACCCUCUGUAGGGAAGUCCUUUGACCUGAAAUAAAAUGUGAUAGUUUGAGGACAGUUUGUUCUAUGCAACACCAUUUAAUUCUGUGAAUGAUACAAACAGUACCCGAUGUGAAUGUGUUGGCAAGCUUCAGCAAAGCCCAGAACCUCAAGAUUCAGUGCAGCAGGUAGACAUCUUCUAGAAUACACACACACAGAUAAAUACUGGGAAUGACAGUUUUCUGAAUCCCCAUUAGCAAAUUUAUAUCUGUAAACACACAUCUGCACAAAAGCUUUUUCUUCAGAGCCUGGGAUUGGAGAGUGAAUCUCCUGAAAGGCCCACAGUGCACAGCGUUUGAGCAGGAGGACUCAGCCCCGGCAGCACUAAAUCACAUCCCCGCUCCUCGGCCCCCGUGCCUGGCACUGAGUCCAUUAGUCCCCCCCAGUGGCGAGCUCCCCCAGUCUCCCACCGCAUCUGUAACAGCCCGCUAUUGUAACAUCCCCUGCCCACCACUGGACACAGACACAAAAGGCCGUUCAGAUAGGAGCUCCGAUAUUAGGGCCACACUGGUGCUGCACUUGCCCUCAGGACAAAUCUUUGUUCUGCUGGAUUUUAAAAUUGUUUGGGUUGUUUUCUCAGUGGAAGCUCCAUUCUACACACACACACACACACACACACACACACACAGGGAGACAGAGAAGAGCCAGAGGAUGGUUACUCCACAUUCUGGUCUCAGCCACUCCUAUGUAGGCUUUGUUCCUCCCGUAAACAUGGAGGCCGUCAGCUAUCUGCUUGGCAUCGAUGGAACACAGGCGGGGUGUGAAGCAGGAAACAGUUGUGUGGGAUAGUGCUAUCCCACUAUCACACUGCUUUUUCUCUCGCUCCUUCAAAGAGAGUGGUGUGACCUCAAAAAAGGAAGAACAAGCCCACCAAUUUUGCCAAUGAGAAACCGAAUCGAGCUUUCUAUCCAGUCAUUUGUUGAGGGUUUCAAAAGAUUAGAAAGGUGUAAAAAAUUUAAUUAAAGUUAAAGUAGGGUUUAAUUUCUUGUUUUCUUCCUUCCUCUUAUGCUAUGAAUUGUUAUGUUUAAAAGAGGACAUAAUCAUCAUACAGCUAGAAAACAUUUAUUCUUGUGGCCGGGGAAUUCUCACUUUCAAUUAACAGAAAAACAUAAAGUACAAUUGAUGACAUCAAAGUCAUUGAACUGAUGCAGGCAUCCUAUUCAAACUUCCACAUUUUCCCAAAGUGCUGUUCAGAAUCUGUGUUUGCAUGAUAACCUAUUACUAACGGAAACUUUUUUUUAAUCAUUUAUGGUUUUAUAAUAAAUUAUAUAUAUUUAAAGUGUUGCUGUAACCCAUAGGAAGCAUUAAUCAUCCCUCUCUUUCAUUUCCAGUUCAGGCUUCCUGUAGACAGUGCUCCCCCAGCCAGCUGUGAAUGAGUUUUGACCCCCCCCAUCCCUCCUGAGCCAUGCUGUUCUGUGUCCUCCCCCUUCCCUCAUUUCCCAACCCCCAAACAUGCCCAUGCUCAGUGGAAGAAGCCAGCCAGAACUGUGAACGGAACUCUUGACUCAGACCACAUUCUAUUACCUAAAGAUGCCAUUUUGUUACUAUUAUUUUGACUUAGACAGUUUUAAAGGAUUUUUUUUUCUUAGAUUCUCAUUUUAAUAAACUCUUUUUUUUGUUUGUUUUGUUUUGUCUUUAUCUGUUCUGCAUGACUAGAGUGUGCUGUAACAAUAACACGUGUGUGUACUGUUGUGCAAGGCAGGAGUUUUUGUGGAUGGUUUGAAAUGAAACGAACAUUGGCCGCGGUCUGACGUAAAGCAAGGAUGCUGUUAGGCACCUGCACCCAUGGAGGUGGCCUGGCAGCAUGAUCCAGCCACUCCAUUGCCACACCAGACUAACGUUAUUGCAUGCAUCCUGAAGGUGCCAGUCUCUCUAAUUUCACGGCAAAGAGUUUUCCAGGUUAAUAAUGCUACAGUGUGAAUCAGCAUACCUGUUUGACAUGUCUUUGAAACGUGUCAAGUGUUCAGUGUACUAGUUUGGGGUAAAAGUCUGAAAAUUGGAGUAAAUUGGAACGCAUUUGCCUUCAGGAAUGCGAGUUCUAAUAACUUUAUCGGGCAAUGUUCAGUUUUGUUUUAACAUGGUGCAUGUGCAGAUGCAGUAUUAAUACUCAGUAGUCAUCUCCAGCCAUACCUCAUUGUCUUGUUUUAAAUGCGCUAUAAGCACACUUGUGUUAAAUAGGGAAGUUGUCACCAUGGCAACAGUCUAGUUAAAUGUAUUCUCUGUACGUCAGUGCUUUUAAAACCACUUGUGACUUUUUUAUACAUAUAGAAGCACAUUUUCAACUGAAUAUAAGACCAAAUAACUUGAAGGGACCAGUAUUGCACGUGUGUUAGUGUUUUCACAGAAAAUACGUACUAUUUCUUUUAAAAAAUUGAAUAAACUGCAAUAUA